AUGUCUGGUAACGGUGCUCAAGGUACUAAAUUCAGAAUUUCCCUCGGUUUGCCUACUGGUGCCAUCCUUAACUGCGCCGACAACUCCGGUGCCAGAAACUUGUACAUCAUGGCUGUCAAGGGUUCCGGCUCUAGAUUGAACAGAUUGCCAGCCGCUUCUUUGGGAGACAUGGUUAUGGCCACUGUCAAGAAGGGUAAGCCUGAAUUGAGAAAGAAGGUCAUGCCUGCCAUUGUCGUUCGUCAAUCCAAGCCAUGGAGAAGAAAGGACGGUGUCUACUUGUACUUCGAAGACAACGCCGGUGUCAUUGCCAACCCUAAGGGUGAAAUGAAGGGUUCUGCCAUCACUGGUCCUGUCGGUAAGGAAUGUGCCGAUUUGUGGCCAAGAAUCGCCUCCAACUCCGGUGUCGUUGUGUAA